AUGCCUUACCGGCAGGAAACCCAAUCUUCCUCGCUCGCCUCAUGGCAGGACAAGUGCCUGCGCACCGCCUGGAUCCCGCGCGGCGACGCUCGCCGCAUCUUUCUCGAGUUCCGCUUCAGCUUACGGCGCCGGUGCCCCCGUCGCCUCCCGGCCGCCGCCGCCUCCGCCACCGUCUGCGACGACGACACGUUGGACGUUUACUACCGGGAGUCGGACGACCCCGGCGACGUCGCCGCCGGGGUCUUCGCCGACGACGAGCGGCGGCUCUUCUCCAAGGUCGACGUCGUCGGCUCGGGCGGGUCGGAGGUCGAGGCGGCGGGCGACGUGGGGCCCCUCUCCCGGGGCGGCCUCCGUCUGGCGUUCCGCGACACGGGGGCCUGCGCGUGGCUGGCGUCCGUGCGCAUCUACCGCAGGCGCUGCCCCCUCGCCGAGUUCCCCGAUGCUCCGGCCGCCGGCGACGGGCCGUGGGCGCUGUCGGAGGUGACGGGGGCGUGCGUGGGCCACGCGCUCCGGCCCGAGGGGGAGCCGGAGCCGGCGAUGUUCUGCAACGCCGACGGCGAGUGGGAGGGCCACCCCGGGAGCUGCGUCUGCCGUGCCGGGUACCAGCAGGCGAGGAACGCCUGCCAAGUGUGUGAGCAGGGCUCUUAUAAGGAGACGGCCCAAGACAGCUCCUGCUCCCGGUGUCCGCCACACAGCACGGGCAGCGUCAUCGGAGCGACGUCCUGCACCUGCCACGAUGGAUACUUCCGGCCCAGCGGCGAGCCCCAGUCUGUGGCCUGUGCAAAGCCACCGUCGGCCCCCAGGGACGUCGUCACCUCGCCGCUCUCCGCCGCCGCCUCGGUGACGCUCCGGUGGAGCCCGCCGGCGAAUCCCGGCGGGCGCUCCGACCUCGCCUACUCCGUCGUGUGCCGGCUCCACCCGCCCCCCCGGUGGGGGGGGGGUGGGGAGAGGGGCCAGGAGCCGGCGCCGCUGUGCGGCCCGGCCGUGAGGUUCCGGCCUCCGCUCCCGCUGACGAACGCCUCGGUGGAGGUGAGCGGCCUGCGUGAGAACGCCGCCUACACCCUGGAGGUGCACGCCACCAACGGCGUCUCCCGCCUGAGUGGCGUCCCCUCGGCGUUCGCGGCCGUCCACGUCGCCACGUCACGGGAUCCACCGUCACCCGUGGUGCGUGUCCACACGGAGAUCGUCUCUGAAGACGCCGUCCUGUUGACCUGGGCCGAGCCGGAGCAGCCCAAUGGCAUCGUUAUGGACUAUGAAGUCAAAUGCUUUGACGAGGAUGACGACGACGAGAGAGAGGUAAUGAGGCUGCUCUCCAGCGUGCCGAGCGUCACCGUGACGGGGCUCCGGCAUGCCGCGGUUUACUCACUGCAGGUCCGCGCUCGCAACGCCGCCGGCUACGGAGACUACAGCCCCACACUCCACUUCCAGACGUCUCCCGCACUGAAGAUGCCGGGCUUCAGGCUGUACAUUGACCCACACGACUACGACGAGCCCAGCGAUGCUCUCCGCGAGUUCGCGACGGAAAUCGACGCCUCACGAAUCAAACUUGGACGCGUCAUCGGAGCAGGAGAGUUUGGGAAGGUGCACGUCGGAUACCUGAAGCGCCAGGGCAGCAGCGGAGGGGCGGCGACAGUGCGCGUGGCCAUCAAGACGCUGAAGGGCGGAUCCAGCAAGCAGCAGCAGCAGGACUUCCUGUGUGAGGCGAGCAUCAUGGGCCAGUUCGAGCAUGACAACAUCGUCCGCCUGGAGGGCGUCGUCACCAAGAGUAAACCUGUCAUGAUCAUCACCGAAUUCAUGGAAAACCAUUCCUUGGAUUUAUUCCUCAGGAUGAAGAAGGGGCACCUCGUGGUGACCCAGCUGCUCGGGAUGCUGCGUGACGUCGCAUCGGGCAUGGAGUACCUGUCCCGCAGGGGCUAUGUGCACCGCGACCUGGCCGCCCGCAACGUGCUCGUGAGUGGCGAGCUGACGUGCAAGGUGUCCGACUUUGGCCUCUCGCGGACGCUUCUACUGGACGCCGACCCCGAGGGAGCGUACACCUCCCGGGGGGGGAAGAUCCCGAUCCGCUGGACCGCCCCGGAGGCCAUCGCACAGCUCAGGUUCACGUCGGCGAGCGACGUGUGGAGCUACGGCAUCGUCGUGUGGGAGGUGACGUCGUACGGCGAACGGCCGUACUGGGACAUGAGCAACCGGGACGUGAUGGAGGCAGUAGAGGGCGGCUGGCGUCUGCCGUGCCCCAUGGACUGCCCCAUGCUUCUCCGCCGCCUCAUGCUGAGCUGCUGGCAGCAGGAGAGCUCCUGGCGGCCCUCUUUCAGCCGCCUCGUUACCGCCGUCACUAACGCGCUGCACGACACGGCCAGCAAGAAAACAACCCCCUACCUCUUCGUGGUGCCGGACUGCAACGCUGUCGUGGGCGGUGCCGUGGGAGGAGGGACAAUUUAA